CUGAAAGUAAAAUUAGUCUAAGUUGCUUUUUGAAUUGAGAUUGUUGGUGGAGAAUCUUGUUAACAAGCAAUGUCCAAGCCAAUCCUAUCGGGACCUCUCUUGAAGCCAGGAGUUCGAGCAGUGCUACUAACGGCGAAAACAAUCGGACUAGAACUUGAGUAUAAGGAAUCUAAAGUAGAACCAAGUGAACCCCUCAAAGAAUAUUCGAAAAGGAAAGGUGAAAAUCGUCAUGCUGUUCUAAACGAUGGUGGAAAAGUGAUCUGGGGCAGCCAUGCUAUUUUAGCUUACUUGAUAAGCAAGUAUGGCAAGGAUGACUCAUUAUAUCCAAAGGAUUUCUAUAAACGAGCCUUGGUUGAUCAAAUGCUUUACUUUGAAAAUGGUGUCAUAGAAGCGAGAAACCGAUUGUUUUUUUUGGCAGAUCCAGAAAAUCCAGAGCUAGUUGACAAAUACAGGAAAGCUCUUGCAGAAGCAAUUGGUUAUCUUGAAAAAUUUUUGGAAAAAUCUGAUUAUCUGGCCGGAGAUGAUAUUACUAUUGCAGAUUUCUCAGCAGCCACCUUGUUAUCAACUAUAAAUAUUCGACUCCCAAUCAGAAGUGAUGAAUAUCCAAAACUAUCAGAUUGGCUAAACCGAAUAGAGAGUCUUCCUUACUAUCAUGAUGUGAACGAAACUGCACUGAAAAGAAUUAUGCAGUGGUCUUAGGUUUUUGUAAGUUUAUAUGAAUUUAAUGAAGGAAACGUGCAUUGUACGGACUCAAAACUAAAGUAACCACGUGAAAUAUUAAAAGGAACAAAAUCAAAUACGAACAUUGUGCUUAUUAAGUUCAUAAGGAGCGGUUGCGAAUAUGUCCGAGAAAAUUCUAACAAUAUAAUCGUUCUUAAAGUCGUG